AACAUAGACUAAAAGUAUAUUAUAGGUUUAAAUGCAGUGCAGACGGAAACAUGGUAUUUAAAUAGAGAAGGGUAGAGAGGCAACUCCGUUAUCCACCGAGUUUCAAUAGCCACUAAUCCUUGGAGAUUUUUCGAUUUUAAGAGGAAAGAUUAUGUGAAAUUCAAGAACUUAAUCAAGAGUGAUCUAGACUCCAAUUUCGAAGAGAAUUAGACAAUAAUUACUAUAUGACUACUUUAAUUUUACGAAUACUAGCAAAAGAUAUUAAGUUGACGAACUAAUCACCUCUCUUAAAGAAUCGUUCUUACAAGGUUAUAAGAUCCUAAAUCCAAGCAGUCACAUACAAAGGCGCAAGAAAGAAUCUCGGUGAAUUUUUUUAAAUAUUAUGUUUCUCCCUCUUUAUAUGUACAUAAAGUCAUUAAAUAAGGAAAGAAUUAAUACAUAAUAUUAGUUGAUUUAAAAGUUUUAAUUAAGGUAAAAAUUAAUUUACACUUCCAAUAGAUUUCAAAGUCUAAAUCCGGAAAAUUAACCUUUAAAUAUCAAAAAUAGUGAGACUAACAACAAAAACAACAAUCGACAGUUGAAAGAGCUCAAAAUCAAAUUUCAUCAAAUUCAAUUCAAGAUUCGAACAUGACAAUCCCUAUUCUUCCAGUAGAACUCAUUAGUGAAAUCCUGUCGAGGCUUCCGGCGAAAUCUGUCUUGCAGUUCAAGUCUGUUUUGAAAUCUUGGCUUGCUUUUAUCUCGAGUCCUGAAUUUGCUAAGGCCCAUCUUAGAUUUUCUGUUAAGAACACAGAAGAUAUCCGACAUCUCCUUAUUUUGGGUCGUAAAAGAAAUAGCUGGAUUUUUAAAGAAUGUCUGCUUAGCUCUUUCUUUUAUGACUCUAUUACUAAGGCUUUCGACUUGGAAUGUCCCAUUGGAAUCGUCAGGACAGAUACGAGGCUCGCGGGUUCUUGCAAUGGAUUGAUUUUGCUCGCACAUUAUUCAAAUUCACAAUAUUCGAUUCUAUGGAAUCCAACAACUGGCAAGCGUAAGACUUUGCCUGAUUAUAGACCUAGAUGGAAAAGUUAUGCCAGUUAUGGUUUUGGAUAUGAUGAGCUUCACGAUGAUCAUAAGGUUUGUUUGCGAAUGGGAAGCUUCAUUGGGAUGCUAGUGGUCUGUGUGUUUGUCUUUUGAUUUAGCUAAUGAGAAAUGGGAAAAGUUGGAGAAGCCAUCGUACGGAGUUGGAGAGACUGAUUUGUGUCUGGGAACGUUGGGAAGUGAUUUUUGUGUCGUUAGUAAUUAUAAGGAAACUCAUUUUAGU